AUGUAAGCAAAAAGAGAAUAUCUUUGUCCUAUUACAGAACCAAAGCCUAAUGAAACUCCAAUAUACAGACAUCCUAUGGCAAAAGUAAACUAUAACAAUUACCAUUAGGAUGGAUUUUUGCCUCCAUUAGACAAUAGAAAGGUGAAUAUGCAACAGUAACUACUCAUCUAAUUUGAAAAGUUUUCUGAUAAGAAGACAUUGGGUACUUUCAAUGAAGAAACCCAACAAUACGAUCACAUUACAUAUAAGGUAUUUUAUGAAUCUAUGAAUUAGGAAAUGUAAGAAAUUGCAACUUCUCUUGGUUCUUCCCUUUGUUAAUAAGAUUCAAUAAAAGAAGUAAAAGAUUAAUAAAAUAAUGUGAUUAAACCUGUUGGAAUUUAUUUAUCUAAUAGAAGAGAGUGGACUUUAAUAGAUAUAGCCUGUAUAUUAUAUGGAUUUACAUCUUGUCCAUUUUAUGAUACUCUUGGAGUGGAUAGCAUAACUUAUUCUAUGAAUAUUACUUAAGUGAGGUAAAUAUAUAUAUAUUAUUUUUAUAUAGUGUGUGUUUUGUUUAACCAAGCACAAUAGGAUUUUUGGCCAAAUCAAAUUUACCUUACUUAAAAACUAUAGUAACAAUUGGUGCUCAAGAUCCAAACAUCUUAAAUACCUUGGCAGAACAAAAGAAAGAAGUAAUCACUUGGGAGGACUAUCUUAAAAGAUCAAACGGAAAAAUAUAACCUUAUCCAAAUUUAGAACCAUAACAUCCAUUAACUUUAGUAUUCACUAGUGGAACAACUGGAGAACCAAAGGCAGCCAUAUAGUCUCAUCUUAAUUUUACUUCAAUGAUUGCUCUUUUUGAACACUAAGAUAAGUUUGCUCUUACAUAAGAUGAUGUCUAUUUAUCUUAUUUACCAUUACCACAUACUUUUGAGAGAGUGGUUCAUUUAGCAGCUCUAUCAGGAGGAGCAGAACUUAAUUAUUAUAGUGGAAACAUAUAAAAUAUAGCUAAAGAUAUUCAAAGAUGUAAACCAACAUACUUUUGUGGAGUGCCUAGAAUUUUCAACAGAUUUUAUGAAGGAAUUCAAGCUUAAUUAAAUUCUUUACCUCCUGAGAUCUAAUAAAAAUUUGAACUUGCUCUUGCUGCAAAAAUAAAAUAUUUUAGAGCUACAGGUAAAACAACACAUGAUUAAUUGGAUGAAGCCUUUGUUAAGACUAGAGCUAUUCUAGGUGGUAGAUAGAGAAUUAUGAUUACAGGAGCUGCUCCAAUUUCACCAAAGAUUUUGGAGUAUUUAAAAAUGACAUUUUGUUGUUAAAUUAUUGAAGGUUAUGGUUAAACAGAAACAACUGCUGCAUCAUUUUUAACUGAUUUUAAUGAUCCUGUAUGUGGUCAUAUUGGUGGACCAACUAUUUCUUAGGAAUUUAAAUUAGUCAGUGUUCCAGAGAUGGAUUAUUUAACUGAUUAAGUAGUUGAUGGACAAAAAAAAAUAAGAGGAGAAGUUUGUUUAAGAGGACCAAGUGUUAUAAAGAGUUAUUUCAAUAAUGUUUAAUCAACUAAAGAAACUAUUGAUGAAGAAGGUUGGGUUCAUACUGGUGAUAUUGGAGAAAUAGUUGAUGGAGCACUUAAAUUAAUUGAUAGAAAAAAGAAUCUAUUUAAAUUAUCUCAAGGUGAAUAUGUUUCACCAGAAAAAAUAGAAAAUUGUUAUUUAAGAGUUAAAGGUAUUUCUGAAAUAGUUGUUUUUGGUGAUUCUCUAUCUAAUUACUGUGUAGGAGUUAUUGUACCUGAAUAGACAUUUUUGAAGUAAUGGGCAACUGAAUUGAAUAUCUAAGGAGAUCAUCAAUAAUUAUGUUAAGAUAAAACUAUGAGAGCUCAUGUCUUAAAAUUAGUGAAUGAAUAAGUAAAUAUCAUUUUAAUCUUUAGGGAAAAUAAGAUAAUUUAAAUGGAUUUGAGCAAAUCAAGAAUGUUUACUUAGAACCAAGACCAUUUAUUUAAGUUGGAAUAUUAACUGAAACAAUGAAAAUGCAAAGACAUAAAGCUAGAUAAAAUUAUUAGGAUAUUAUUAAAUUCCUUUAUUAAGAAAUUUGA